AUGGCUUCAAUUGAAAUUGUGGUGGGUAAAAUUUUUAUCAAUUAUAGUUGCGUAGAAAAACAUCCACAAAGAAUGACAACUGAAAUUUCCACAGAAAUAUCAAUUAUAUUUCUAAAUAAUGGUCAAUCAACUCAAGCUUUAUAUUCAUCAUUAUUAGGUAAUCGAAUCUGGUGUAAAGUAACUAUGCCUAUACUUUGUGAAUUAACUUUGGGUCAAGAAUAUUGUUGGUGUGAUAACGAGGUGGAUAAGAAAGUACCUCACCUCAAGCCACUUUUGAUUAUCCAUGAUUCACUCAUAAAUUAA